AAAGGCACUAGGGAAGCGCGUUACUGCCCACCCUCCGGACCACAUUUUCCCAGAGGCUGUUUCUCGUGCUGUCUGUCCCCAGAUGAGGGAGACAGUGCCAUGUGUUAGGUGGGAGACGGCCGGACCUGUCCCUCAGGCCUCGAACUGCCCACCGUGCUGCUGCAGAUGGAGCGGAGCCGGCGGGCCCAGGAGCAGCUCCUGUGGGAUUUGGAGCUGCUGACCGGGGUGGGGCUGGGCCUCUCCUGGCCCCCCUGGGCCCAGUUCUGCGGUCUGAGGGACCAGGCCCAGUGUGUGUGGAGCCAGUGCAGCAAGCCCCGUGGUAGGACGGAUGGGGGCUCUGAGCGGCUGACGAGUGGGAAUUCCAGCCUGUGCCCAUCGCCCCAGGCUGAGGACUCCCUGAGCCAGGACCGUCAGCUCCUGGAGGGGGGGCUGGCAAAGGACCCAUCGUCAGCCCUGGAUCUGAGUGAAGCCAGGUUUGAUGCAGACCCAAGGUGGGAGAGCCCUGGCAUGCCCGCAGAAGGGCCCACAUCUGGUAUGUUGACAGCAGGGAUUUGCAGCCAGGAGAACAGAAGCCCCUGGGCUGGAGUGGCCAGCCUAGGUUGGGAGGAACAGGGAAGCCCUCACCCCAAGUCCCAGGAUUCCAGUCCAUCUCACCUAUUCUUUGCCUCAUACCUUUAUGUGGGCUGCCAGGGGCACCCAGGGACAGCAAGUAGGUUUUCUUUUAUAUGCCAAUUCCACCUGAUUGGUGCCAGCUGUCUCAGGCACUGUGUCCAGGAGGAUUCUGAAGCUAAGCUGGGGCUCAGAGGAGAAAGUGCUGGGAAUGACUGUCUGUCCUCCCUGUCCUCCAGCGAGGAGGGAAUGGAAUGGCAGCUCCAAGCUGCCUAGCUGCCACCCUCAUGCCAGGCACUGGGGAGAUACAGGGUACAAAAGAGACUUGGCCAGUCAGUUGUCCUCAUCUCUGAGGAGAUCACAGCCUA